AUGAUGUUUGAAAAAGGAAAGAACUACGUAUGGCUUGAUCCCUCAGUAAGAGUACGUAGGCAGCCUGAAGUUACUAGGUGCAACCGUGGUGGAGAACGAGAGAUGUUCAUGUUAGGAGGGAAGACUCUGCCGAAAUUUCUGCAGAAAAGUCUCGUGCCCUUACUCUUUUUAAGAGAAAGAGGAUGUAGUUUCAGAAGUGGGCUCGACAUCAGGGUGAUGUCGGGAAUUCCACAGGGUUUGUCUCAGGUUCCGGGAAUUUCGGGACGGGUCCUAUCAGCUAAAUUGUCACAUCCCGGGAUCGGCUCUGCCGUAGCACGAUAUUGUUUGCUUUGGGCCUCCCUCUCUGCCCUCACGGUUUUGUUUCUGGGAGCUUACGAGCAAUCUCCUAGUGAGUCACCCAUCUUGGGAUUGCUCUAG